GACAUUAUGCUCUGGUCUACCAAUCAUAAAGUGAUAACUGACAUAUCACAGUCCAGUGUUUACGAUCUAUCAAAACAUACCAUUAUUCUCAUGGAGGACACUGAUACGCCGCCGGGGUUUGUCAGACUACAGCUGCUGACAUCACAAGAUGGAGAUAUUGAAUCGUCAGUUAUUCAAUUCAGUGACGGUAUGUACAUAUCAAAUUUAAAGUGGAGACAAAUAAUGCUGACGACGAUGGUGGAAAAUAAUUCUUAUAGCGAUACAAAAAGCCAUGGUCCCUGUGCUAGCGGUGUCAGUUGCUAUGUAGAAGUUGACGUUGCUGGGUGUUUUCAUUGCUCUUAUUGGUCACGCUUAACCUGUUAUUGGAGAAAAAGAUGUACUCUGCAUAACUGGCCUCCAAACCACGUGUUUGAUGAUAUACUAAGGAAUGGUUGUCAUUUUGUGUCCGUCGGAAGUAAAAUGGCAGCCGCUGAAAAUGAGCUGGAAUGGAGAAUGUCAUUUUCUCAGGCAGAACAAAAACUUGUCUAUUCAUUGAAUCAUACACAAUUUUUGUGCUAUGGCCUUUUAAAAAUAUUUCUAAAGGAAAUCGUCAAUAGCGACAUUAAAGAACCAUUUUUGUGUUCAUAUUUUAUGAAGACAACGAUGUUCUGGUUGGUACAAAUAGGAAAUAUUUCGUGAUGUCCAAAUAACUUACUGGAUUGUUUCUGGAAAUGUUUCAAAUAUCUGAUACAUUGCGUCCAUCGAGGUGUGUUGCCAAAUUUUUUAUUCCACAAAACAACAUGUUUGCAAGCAAAUUAGCCACAGUUAGUGGUGUACGCGCACGAGAAUGUCUGUUAAAACAACUGAACUGCUAUUAUGAAAUGGGCGUGACCUGUUUGCUACAAAGUCCGACGGUCAGAAAAAUGAUGGUUGAACCAGUUUUACGUAACAGCCUUGUCAGAAUAGAGCCACUUCUGAGACAUACCAAGAGUUCUGCUCAUACAGACGUUUGUAUCAAGAAUGAAUUGAAUAAGACAAGUUUCCCACAAACAGACAUACAUGACAGUUAUUUUAUGUUGAGGAACAUAAUAAUUUUGUCAAACCAAUCACUUACAGUAUAUGAGGCGUUAACAUUGCAGAAAUGCACUGCUGAUGUUUUAGUCGAAGCAGCAUUUAAGUACCUCAAUAAUUCAACAAUAAGUGCAAAUAAGAAAAUCUACAUAACAAACAGACUGAUUGGUAACUUGUUGAAUCUGGCAGGUAGAGUGGGUGAUGUGUCUUGUUUGUUUUAUCUUGCUCUGCAUUACCACAGAACAUCUAGAUAUACAGAGGCGCUUCAUGUUACAGCUCGGGUUAAAUCAAGACUCACACAGCCCUAUAUCAUGUGUAGCAUAGUGGACCAAGAAAGUUACAAUGAAUGUGUGGCUGGUUGGUCUCUGUCUAAACGUAUGAUGAGGGAUUUGUUAAAUCACGUACGUCUUCAUAAUGAUGUUUAUUAUAUACAGGAGCUGGAUUUAGAACGGAGAGUAAGCCAAGAAAACGGUACACUAAUCUCGCAUAUUUCACCCUUUGUGUUGACAGAAAUGUUGAGUGUGUUCUGCAACUACAGACUAGGUAACCGUUCCCAGUGUCUACAGUCACUGACAGACCUACAGACACUGCUGCUCUAUGAUGACUGGAGAUACGUACCUUUAUAUAUCAGAGACCUCUCGUGGCAGAUACUGGGGAUCUGUCAGCACGUUGUGGGGGACCUACACGGGGCGUUACAGUCUUAUCAACAAUCACUGAGUCAGAUACCAUUCCACAAAAUACAGAAUGCCACAAAAUAUAGAAUAGCCUUCAUUCUUAAUCGAUUCAGUGAAAGAAAAUAGCUGCAACUUUCUGAUCUAUAUAAUUGAUUGUUUUAAACUUAUUACUGCCAUAUUUCGGAUAUGCAUUGUACAAUAUUCUCCUGGAAUAAUAUUUACAAUUGGUAACGUAAAUUGGUGGUUUAUAUAUGCAAAAUGUUUAAAAAUAUAUAAUUGUAUACCCUCUCCCUCUCAUCCGCCACACAACUUUUUUCCAGCGUAUGAAUACACCAGCCAUGGGUGUUUAAAAAUUACACAAAUGUGAAUGAUGACUGUGUAAUAAAUCCA